ACAGAGAUGGCACUGAACCUGGAGUCUACAACAAGCUUUCCCAUGCUCACCAUGUCCGGAAGCACUGUGUCUGAGCUGCCUGGAGGCUCCAACGUGUCCCUCAACAGUUCCUGGACUGGCCCAACAGAUCCCAGCUCCCUGAAAGACCUUGUAGCCACGGGUGUCAUUGGGGCAGUGCUCUCAGCCAUGGGUGUGGUGGGCAUGGUGGGAAAUGUGUACACUCUUGUGGUCAUGUGCCGAUUUCUGCGUGCCUCGGCCUCCAUGUAUGUCUAUGUGGUCAACCUGGCACUGGCUGACCUGCUGUAUCUGCUGAGCAUUCCUUUCAUCAUAGCUACCUAUGUCACUAAGGACUGGCACUUUGGGGAUGUGGGCUGCCGAGUUCUCUUUAGCCUGGACUUCCUGACAAUGCACGCCAGCAUCUUCACUCUGACCAUAAUGAGCAGUGAACGCUAUGCGGCAGUACUGAGGCCUCUGGACACUGUCCGGCGCUCCAAGGGUUAUCGUAAGCUGCUGGCGCUGGGCACCUGGUUGCUGGCGCUGUUGCUGACCCUACCCAUGAUGCUUGCCAUCCGGCUGGUCCGUAGGGGCUCCAAGAGCCUCUGCCUGCCGGCCUGGGGCCCUCGUGCCCAUCGUACUUACCUGACACUGCUCUUUGGGACCAGCAUUGUGGGGCCUGGCCUGGUCAUUGGGCUGCUCUACAUUCGUCUGGCCAGGGCCUACUGGCUAUCUCAGCAAGCUUCUUUCAAGCAGACACGGCGGCUACCCAACCCCAGGGUGCUCUACCUCAUCCUUGGUAUCGUCCUUCUCUUCUGGGCCUGCUUCCUACCCUUCUGGGUGUGGCAGAUGCUGGCCCAGUACCAGGAGGCCAUGCCACUGACGCCCGAGACUGCGCGCAUUGUCAACUACCUUACUGCCUGCCUCACUUACGGCAACAGUUGCAUCAAUCCCUUCCUCUACACUCUGCUCACCAAGAACUAUCGGGAAUACCUGCGCGGCCGCCAGCGGUCACUGGGUAGUAGUUGCCGUGGCCCAGGGAGUGCUGGCAGCUUCCUGCCCAGCCGAGUCCACCUCCAGCAGGACUCGGGCCGACGCUCGCUCUCCUCCAGCAGCCAACAGGCCACAGAGACCUUCAUGCUGUCUCCAGUUCCCCCUAAUGGGGCCUUUGUCUGAGAGUGCUCUGUGCGAUCCUGGGAUUGGAAAGGACCUAAAGGCAGGCCACUCAGGAGCCCAUUCCCAGAAUCCCCUACUCAAACCCAACUCGCUUGUCUGUCUUCUUCCGUUCUCUUCUGGAAAGUUCCCUGUUCUUUCUUCUUUGUUGCUCACUUCCGCUCUCUCAGCACCUUCCCCAGGAUGCCAACACAUUCCUGCUUCAAACCAAUCUCCGAGGGGCUUCAGAAGCUGUGGCCUAGACCCUCUUCUGAAGACCUGGGUGAAUCUAGGGCCUAAUUACCCAGAGCAGCUAGUACAAGGCUGUAAACUGACAUUUGAUGUAAGCCCUUCCAGCCCUGAGGACCUUCCCCCAUUGGCUGAUAAGGGGCCUGCAGGCAUCUCCAUCCUCUCCCCACCCAUCCCAUGGUAGCUUCUUGCUACCGUAUGCACAUGGAACAAUAAACCCUGUACGCUGAAGUGUGUCCUGCCUCAGUGUUGGGGGUGGAAGUUGGGGUGGGGUGGGG